GACAAAACAUUACUGACGUCACUUCCGUGGUAAAGACGACAUUUUAUUUGAAAAUUCUAGAUUAACGCAAGAUUUCCUUGUCAUUUGUUGAAUUCAGAGAACGCCAAAAACACCGGAGACUUAAUUAAAACUAUUUACAGGCUUGAGGGUAUUAUAACUGGAAGAAAAUAUUUGAUUUCAAUUCACUGAGAUCCCUACGCAAAGCGAGUCUUUCGAGCACCUGCAUUGAAAAUAAACACAAAUUAUCGCCAACCACUGCGCGAUGGCACAUACGUCCAGAGGAGAAAAAGCAUUGAUUGAAAAGGCUAAAAAGGCUGCAGUCUCAGCAAAAACGCCAUUAGACAAACUGCGCGCUCAGUGUCUCGCUAGAGGUGCAAACGGCAUAAAAGGAUUGGGAAGAGCAUUCAGAAUUAUGGAUGAUGAUGGAAACAGGAAAAUAGAAUACAGAGAGUUUGUUAAAGGGUUACGAGACUAUGGAGUUGAUCUUGAUAAACAUGAGCAGCAAGAACUUUUUCAAGAACUCGAUACAGAUGGAAGUGGGACAUUGGACUUUGAUGAAUUUCUCAUUGCUUUAAGGCCUGCAAUGUCCAAGAACCGAGUAAACCUGAUAAAUCAAGCAUUCAGGAAACUAGAUAAGUCUGGUGAUGGAGUAGUUACUGUUGAAGACUUGCAUGGAGUCUACAGUGUUGCCAAGCAUCCCAAGUUUUUGAAUGGUGAAAAAACAGAAGAUGAAUGCCUUUAUGAUUUUCUUAAAAAUUUUGAUACAAUAGAACAAGAUGGCAAGAUCACUAAGGAUGAAUUUAAUAACUACUAUGCUGGCGUCAGCGCAUCUAUAGAUAGUGAUGCCUAUUUUGACUUAAUGAUGAAGAACGCAUGGAAGCUUGGAUGAUAUCGAAGGGAUUUGUGAAAAGAAACAUGUCGGUCACAAACUUUUGUGUCUGCUUUACAUUUAUUUAAAAUGUGCAUUAUAUAUUGCAACUAUUGUGAAAAUAUGCAUUCAUUCAGGUCUUAGAAUUCAUGUUAAGAUGCAUAUUUUAUUUUUCUCGCUGUUUAAAGUGUUACUUAUAUUAUAUCUAAAUUUCUUAAAUUAUAUAUAUACUUAAGUUUGUUAAAAGGUGUUCAACACGUUUGUUAAACCCAGAUGUAUUUUUAGGAAAUUGAUGAUCGAAAAAGACAUUUUUAAUUUGUCCACAUCACUUUCCUAGAAGGGGUAAGACAAAAAUGCACACUUACUGUUUCUAUGACAGAGCUGAAUUAGCACACAUGUAGUCCUCAUUAUACACUUUAAAUGAAAGAGCACCUCUAUCAUAACAGUAGAAUUGCCUUUAAUAACUUUAACACAAAUAUUUGGAAUUCCUAAUUUGUGAAAGCUAAAGUAAUUUAGUAAUUGUUUAUGAUUUGAAAAGUAUUUUGAUAAAUUGCUUUUUGCACUAGAUACUUGAGGCUGUUAGGUCACUUUAUGUUGUCUUUAUUUAUGAUCUUUCUUAUAUAGUGUCACCAGUAAGUCAGAAACUUCUAACUACCAGCGCAAAGGCAAUUUUUUCUUUUGUCAGUUUAGGCAGAGAUGAGCUGUCAUUCGAACAUCAGUUUUAUUAAUUUAAACAAGUGGCCAUUUGAAAUGACCAAAAAAAAAA